CCCAUCUUGUUUAUUGUUAUGAAUAUUGGAAUAUUUUUCCUCUUCAGAAACAUGUCUAUAGAAGAACGGAAGAACGCGGAAGGAUUCGAACAUCUUGCAAAGGCUGACAAAUAUCUAGAGACUUCAUAUUUAAAACUGAAAUUCAAUCCUGACUGGGACUCGGCCGCCGACGAGCUGAAUAAAGCGGCAGUAUGUUUCAAGGUUGCAAGAAACUGGAAGUCCUGUAAAGAGGCACAUCUCAGAGCUUGUGAAGGAUAUGCCAACUCUGGUAGUCUUUAUCAUGCUGGAAAACAGUUAGAACAAGCACUUUUUAUAUCUAAAGAACAAAACGAUUUAUCACAGGUAGAGGAACUAGCAGGUAGAGGUGGACUACUGUACAGACAGGCUGGUUCUCCUGAAGCAGCUGCACAGCUUCUUGUCAAAGCUGCGAAACUUCUAGAACCAUCUAGUCCGGAGAACGCUAUUGGUCUUUAUCAGAAGGCGAGUGAGACUGUGGGAACGGAAGACAGAACAAUUGAAGCAGCGCAGCACAUGGAAACUGCUUGCAAACUCAUGGUUCGGGUCAAACAGUACGACAGAGCAGCUGAUGCUCUUGAUAAGACCUUGCAGCUGUACAGCGAGGGAGGGGUGGCAGCUGCAGCUGGUAGAGUUGUUCUUGCCUUCAUACUAGUCCAGCUGCAGAGAGGAGAUAGUGUAGCUGCGAAUAAAGUUUAUAAUUCUUGGGGUGCAUUUAUGGAUUCACAGCAGGCUGCUGCAGCUAAAGAUAUUACGCAGGGAUUUUCAGAUUUAGAUCGUGAGCUAGCUCAAGCUGGUCUUGGUAGUGCAGUGGUCCGAAGUUUAGAUAAUGAUUAUGUUAAACUUGCACGAGACAUACAGCUUCCGGCACAAGCCAAUGAUGAUGAAGAACUUGAUCUUUGCUAAUUCGUAGUUUUGAUAGACCAGGCGUUUAUAUUUUCUAGAAAAUCAUUUUUUUUCACAGAGCGCGGAGCGGUAAAUUAUUUUUCAGAGCUGGACUAUAAUAGAAUUUUUGUUGUCAAACCCCACCUCCCCCAUCAUCAAAAAUUUACACUCCUAUGAAAGUACCAAUUUGGAAACUUGAAAGAAACCUUCCGUCUCAAAUAAGGGAAAGUUCACCCCCCCCCCCCCUCA